GACUCCAAGAAGCUCUCGUCUGCGUUUACAACAGGCUCUAGAUGAGAAAACCUGGAAGAGGAUGAAACGUGUCUUGUGACCGUGGACUUUGAAGACUCUGCGAUCACUCCUUAUUACAGGCACGAGAUUGGGGACUGAGGACUCGGGACGAGGCGUGAGAUCAACCUAAAAUAUCCUUAAUAAGGGUGGGACUGCUCCCCGCGCCCCAUACCGGCAGAUUAAUGAGGAAUUUUUAUGUGAUUUGUCCACUGGAAUGAAAACUCCGCCCUGGUCAAGUGAGUAUAAAAGGCCCCGGCGGACGGCGGCGUUCAAACUCACUUCCCUUCCUCUCCUCCACACAACCGAACCCCCCUUCUCUGAAACCAUGAGCGGCUACUACGGCAACUACUUCGGCGGCUGCGGCUAUGGCGGCCUGGGCUGGGGCUAUGGCGGCCUGGGCUGCGGCAGCUACAGGCGCCUGGGCUGGGGCUACGGCUUCCCCUACGGCUACGGCUGCGGCUUCGGCCGUGGAUACGGAUUCGGCUGCUACCGCCCCUUCUGCUCCGGGAGCUACUGGUCCUCCGGUUUCUACUGAGGGACGCCAUCGAGCUCCAGAGUCUUGGAGUUUGUUCCCUCGGGCUUCUGCAGUCCUCAGCUGUAUUUCCAGUUUAUCGUUGUUAUCAUCUUCAACCUGCCACUGGGAUCACCGCAGAGAGGCCAGGCCAGUGCUGGCAGCAGAAACUAGACCAACCCAGAUCACUUCCAACCUCUUCUCCUCCAUCUUCCCAUCCACAAGAUGUUUGCCUUUUCAACUUUGAGGCUCCCUCUGUCCUCGUGACGUCGACCCUUCGAGAUCGGCCUUGUCUGAGGAUGUUUCUGGGUUAACCGUUCAAUAAACUUGAAAGCUCUGAA